GCCAAAUAUUCCGUCCCGUUAAAUCCUCUUGCACUCUUUGUCUUACCGCUGACCAAAACCCCAAAACACUACCGCUGCCCUCCAUUACCAUGGCUUUAUCAGCUCAACGUCGACGAACUCGAGCUCCAAAUCCCGUCUAUCGCCCUCCAUCACCAUCUCUAGAAUCAGAAGAAGAAAGUUCAGAUUUAGAUUACGAUAAAGUGUGUUGUGUAGAAUGUGGAUCUGGGAAUAAUGCUCGUCAUUUGCUGCUUUGUGAUGGCUGUGAUAAUGGCUAUCAUUUGUAUUGCCUUAAACCUAUUCUUGUUGCGGUUCCUAAAGGUUCUUGGUUUUGCCCUAAUUGUUCUGGUACCAAGAAGCUACAUAAAUUCCCAUUAGUACAGACUAAAAUUGUUGAUUUCUUCAGACUUAAAAAGCCACCUGCAGAAAUGGAAAAGCUAAUGACAGAUACUCGCAAAAGGAAGAGACGCUCAAGCUUCCUGGUUACGAAAAAGAGUAGAAAAUUGUUGCCCUUCAAUCCAACUGAGGAUCCUGAAAGGAGACUAGAGCAAAUGGCAUCUUUAGCCACUGCGUUGAUGGCUACCGGGACUGAGUUUAGUAAUGAGCUCACUUAUGUUCCCGGCAUGGCUCCUAAAUCAGCAAAUUCUGCUGUUCUUGAGAACGGAGGAAUGCAGGUAAUGUCAGAAGAAGAUAAAGAAACAUUAACUUUGUGCAAAAGGAUGAUGGAAAGAGGGGAAUGGCCUCCCCUUCUAGUUGUCUUUGAUCCUAGAGAAGGGUUCACAGUACAGGCAGAUAAGUUUAUCAGGGAUUUGACAAUCAUCACAGAAUAUGUUGGAGAUGUUGAUUACCUGCGUAAUCGUGAAAAUGAUGAUGGGGAUAGCAUGAUGACAUUGCUUUCAGCUUGUAAUCCUUCACAAAGUCUUGUUGUAUGCCCUGACAAACGCAGUAACAUUGCACGCUUCAUCAAUGGCAUCAACAACUUUACUCCGGAAGGAAGGAAAAAGCAGAACCUGAAGUGUGUAAGAUAUGAUGUAGGUGGUGAAUGCAGAGUUUUGCUUAUUGCAAACAGAGAUAUAAGUAAAGGAGAAAGGCUGUAUUAUGAUUACAACGGACUUGAGAACGAAUACCCAACUGAGCAUUUUGUAUAACAUCCCCGUUCUUUUAACUUAACAUCUAACUUCAAGUUAGAAAUUUUUUGUUAGUGACCAUAAACUCAUUUUAGGUUUUCCUGUUCUGCUGAAAUUAAUCUCUUAACUGUACAUGUAGUCUUCAGUAGCUAAUUUAUGUAGGUACAAUCUGUAAAACUAAAUUUCUCUAUGAGAAACGUUAGAUCUAGGCAUGGCCACGGUCCGGGUUGGUCCGGUUCCGUUCCGGUUCCAUCCGGCUCCAUUUGGAACCUGUCGCGAACGGUUCCGGUUCCGGUUCCGGGCGGUUCCAAACGGUUCCUUGGCGGUUCAUGAGGCGGUUCCGGCGGUUCCAACUCACGGGACGGGCGGGUCGGACCAUCGGUUCCAUUUUUAUUUUUUCUUUAAAUAUUUAUAUAAUAAAAAAAUACUAUAAUAUUGCGGACGUACCUUUGAUGAUUACUUGAUUAUUAGCGAAAUUCAUUGCAUGUCAAGUUGUCAUCGUUAUUGAAAUAUUUACUAAAAAGAAUGAAAAAAAUAAAUUAAUAACAAACGAAUCAAUGAUAAUGUCGAUAAAGAUGAUUAAUAAAAAAAAGGGAGAAAAUGGACUUGAACCUAGUACCCAAAGGAAUACUAAGCUGCCUACGUAUCCCGAAGGAAUCAAAGCCCACGUAGUUCUUUGUCAUACCUUUUAUUUAUAGUUGUUGAAUGUUGAUUUAUCGUUGUCGGAUUGAUCCUAUUCGUCUUCGUCAUCAUCAUGUGGUUGGUUAGAUGCUUCCGCUGACUCUCCUCCUGACGAUGAUGCAGAUGUAUCCAUCAUCAUCCAUGGAUCAUCAUCGUCGUCUUGAUCAUCAUCAUUCCU